AUGACAUCAAAUACACGUCCAUCAUAUAAAGAAGCACAAGAACGUCUUUUGAAAUGGUGUCAAAGUGUUACAAGAAAUUAUGAAUGUGUAAAAAUACGAAAUUUUACAAGUGACUUUGCUGAUGGUCUAGCAUUUUGUGCAAUAGUUCAUCAUUAUUUUCCGGAUGCAUUUGAUUUUAAUACAUUAAAUCAUGAUAGUAAACAAAAGAAUUUUGAUUUAGCAUUUCGUAUUGCUGAAGAAAAAGCUCAAAUUUAUCCACUACUUGAUAGUGAUGACCUUAUACAUGGUCAAUUAGACAAGAAAUGUGUAUUUACUUAUUUACUUACAUUAUAUCAUGGCUUAAAAAAUCACGAAACAAUGACAAAUAAAAUUUUUGAAAAACGGAAAUUAUAA